AUGGCGGCGGAACCCAGGCGAGCAGACGUGCAGCGCAGAAGACCGUCGUCUGCUCCGAAAACCAGCGACAUGACGAACAUUCCGAAGAUCAUCCUCGACGACCGGGAUCGGGGUGUACCGGACGUGUACGAGGGCGUGAACCGCCCGCCCGGCGGGGAGAUGGGCAUACCCGCGUCCAGCAUGCCCAACCUGGCGCUCGAGCGCUUCAUGGGACCCGAAGGGGAAGGACCGGACGGGCCGGGCCACAAACUGGGCGUGUACUGUUCGCCGAGAAUGUCGAGACGGUCGGUGGACCUGGAGAUCAGCUCGAAGGACCCGAACAACGAGUGGAUGGAGACGUUCGACCCGGCCAACACGCUGCGAGUGCUCACCACUUCCAGCCGGGUCGGCAGUUCUGUGUCGCUCAACAGCGAGUGCACCGCCAGGAGUAUCGGAUUAAUUUCCAACGAUUCCUCUUCUGACAGUGCCUCGCUCUCCGGACGGAAUAACGACGUGACCAGUAACGACAAGCAGUCCCACUUGCGGCGCCUCAUGUCGAACCCCGAGGAUGACACGGCGGACGUGGACACGAUUCCCACACGGACUUCCCAAUCCUGCGUUAAUCUCAAAGCGGUGAACGCCCCGGAGUCCGACUCGUCGUUCUGUGACAAGAUCGAGACGGACCUGUCGCUGUCCACGGACCUCGUCAAGCAGGAGAACUCGGCGAACAAAAGACAAGUGCUAAAGUCGCCCGAGGAAAUCAUCGACGAAAGUUUCUGUUCACACACAGUAGCCUAUCACUACAGCAAGGACAAGAAAUCCUUCCAGGCUGGUCGGAUACGUCAGUGGCUUGACGAUAUGGAUAAAAAUGUAGAUAAUUGUCCACAAAUUAAAGACUGAAUGGCCAACAAUUAUUUAAAGGGUGUUGUGAGGAUAUAAAUAGUGUUUGUUAUUUAGAAAUAUGGAAAUCAAGAUUCGGCAAGCUGGAUUCUCUGUGAUUGGUAUAUAUAUUUGUUCACAAAAAAAGGAAUUGCACGUGUUAUAUUUUCGCGGGAAAAUCAAAUUGGUCGUCUGCUUAUAUAUUUGGGAAGGAAAACGGAAUUGAUUGUUUGCUGAUGUUCUCCCUGUCUGUGAUUACAGUGGUUCCAACUCUUGUCAGAGGAAGUAUUUUCUUGUUGUGAUAUUGUGCAGCUUUUUAUGUACAAAGUUAUUAAUAAUGUCUAAAACAAUUGCUCGUUAUCCGCUGAUUAUUCAUCAUUGUGACUAAAACAAGGAUUAAUUAUGAUCAAAUGUGAUUUUUACCAAGCCAUAUCGACACGUUUUCACUGUGCUGGUCAUGUUUUACAUUACUUUAUUUAUAUUUUAUUUUAUAGUAUUUCGUACCCAUUAAAAAUAUAAGAUUUCUCGUUUAUACAGCAUUAUUAAGUUUACAAUAUUUGUUUACAAUGAGUAGUCAGUUUGAUUUUCAAAUCUAUGUAAACAAAAUGUCUUUGUAAAAGAUAAACACCUGUCCAUGGUGGGAUUUUAUGUCCAUGAGUCCAUUCUGCCAUCUUUGAAAGUCAGGGGGCCAUUCCGUAUAGUAUACAGUAUUUCGUAAUGUAUAUCAUACGGAAUGGUACCUUGACUGGCGAAGAUGCUGCUGUGCAUAGACAUAAUUAUUCACAAGACCACCUGUAUUGAGCAGGCAUCUGCUUUAAGAGACCACCUUACUGUUCCUCCUAUCACCUAACUGUACAGUUUGGUAUGCGUUAAGUUGAUAUCUAAACGAUUCUUCAUUGCCAUUGUAAAGAUGUUUUGGCUGUUUUACCACCAAAAUUACAUAUGCAGUACAUUUUCGAGGCCUGGCCGUGGAA